CUUGACAAACAGGUGAAACCUUGAUAUUGUCUGAGGUGAAAACGUUCCAUAAACGUAUUUGCGUUAGUAUCUUUACGGAUAAUAUUGGUUAUUUAGAGGAUUCCUUGGUUAGAAUCAAGCUAUGGAGGAUGGAACUUAUACGAGUUAUGGUAAUUUCUAGAAUACUCUUUUAAUUUGUUACGACAUUAGAUAAAAGUGGGAGACGCUUCUCCUUCAAUGUAUCUCUAACUUUCUGAUGCCAUCAUUGCAAUGCCAUGCCGGUCCAAAAACCAAUCCUCUUUAGCUCUCUAUCCGGACUACUCAAAAAAUGCUACUUCGAAGUGAUGCAUGUCAGAAGGAAACCUGAGAUUGAAUUGUAACCGCUAAUGUGGAAAACUAUGUAAAAUCAGUGCAAUAUAAACGAUAUCAUUGAAAUGGAUGCUAAUUAUGAGAAUGAAAAGGCUGUCAUGGGCUGUUUCCUUCACGGUUCAAUUCUUAAUAUAUUGCCCUGUGUCGUCGAUAUGACUUAAGUUUCAUACUAGAGAAAGUUUAUGAACCUUAAUAUUUGACACACAGAGCUAAUUAUUGUGAUCAUGCAAGACGAUCAUUUACACAAAGGAUCUGCCGCCAUUUUGUUCGCACUCUUCGGUGCGCAUACUUAGUCAUAUAAAUCUCACAAGUCUUUUUUCCCAUAACAUAUAAAACAAAGUAGGUUUACCAUAGAAAUAGACGAAUUUUUUUAAGACUGCAUCUGGGAAUAGUUACGAUUACUUUUACUUCGAUAGAAAAAUAUUAGUUAUAAUCUUCUUUGACCUCGUCUCAACCAAGCGAAUAAGCUUGGGAGACUGGUUUCCCUUUACCUCUGUUUCUCUUUUAACGUUGUCGUCAAUUUUGGGCCGGACAUGCAGCUUAUUUCACCCAAACGUUUCCGAUCACUUGAUUUUCCAAAUUUAAUCCUAGAUGUGAGAUCGCGUGUUCGAUGUCAGAGUUAAUAUGACAGGGGAAAACCCCGGUAAUGUUUAUGUUGAGUGAUGCAUUUGCAUUUCUUUCCCAUUCUACUAGAUCUCCUUGGAAGGGGAAAUUGUUGCAAAUGCGACAAAUAUCUCACGAGAUAUCAUAAGUUCUGGCAGUGUAAAUCAAACCACAUGACUUGUUUUAACUGUUUUGCCGACCAAAUGUACGAUUGCGAUGGUACAGAAUGCAGUUGCUGCUCAGAGAGUUUACAGCCAGUCAGGCCUCAAAAUGAAGGAGACGAACACGUCUUUAUUCAUGUCGAUGAUUCAAACAUGUGGAUCGAAGCAAAGAAGCGUGCUGCCUUAAAGUUAAAGCUAAAAUGUAUUGAAGAUCCUCGACUCCGUUUAGACAUUGGAAAAGUAACAGAUGUCGUUGCAAAUGGGAGAAAUGUUGCUUGGGGAACCUUGUAUGGAUCGGAACCUCCGCCAAUAGACUCUGUCUGGCAGAAAAUAAGGGAGCGUGGGUGGAAGGUGAUCACCACUGAGAGAAGCGCCAUCACAAAUAGGGAAAAGCAAGUGGAUCAUCAGAUGGUAGCGGAUAUCACAGCGCUGGUCUCUGAUAGGAGUGUUACCAAGGGGAAGAUAGUAAUUGUGAGUGGAGAUGCUGACAUGAUACCAGCAAUUAACGAGAGUAUAAAAAUGAAAUGGUCCACUGAAAUUUGGAUGUGGGAAGGUUGUAUUUCAAGCGCACUCAAAAAACUGGCGGACGAGAAGCCUGGGUUUGUCCAAAUAAAUACACUGGACUCGAGCCUAGAAGAAGUCACGUUUACUAAUUUCAAAUUCAGAGAAAAAGACAUUCCAAAGUCGCGGUCUGCGAUCAUUAAAGGUAUCGACUUUGCACCUGAUGAGAAAUGGCAAAAUGGUCUCUGUGAGAAGCUAGGCUGGCCAUUUCAGUUCUGUAUGAUUGGACCAGACGAUUUGGAUCCGACAGAUUACGUGGAUGUGAUUCUGAUCUUUGGUAAGGUGAAAUCUGUUGAUGGAAAGGGCAUUGAACACCAUUUUGACAAGAUCUUCGAGAAACUUCAACAGGAAUAUCCUUGGAAAAUUGUCAAUUAUCCCUCCUACCGUAAUGAGUAUGAUCGAAGUGCUGAAAUUUGCAUCGCAAACAAAUAUGAAGCACUAAUGAAUAUAGACGACCAGCUGAGUGUGAGAAGUGACGAUCCAUCUCACAAUGACAUGGAUGACCUGAGUGGAAGUGGCGAAGAAGAUGACUUCCAACUUGUUCAAAGAAAGACGCGAAGGCGACGAAACCAACAAUACUCUGCGCCAUGCGUAGACCGUUCAAACUGCAAGAGAGGGCUUAAUUGCAAGUACUAUCACAGCGAAGAUGAAAAGAAGUUCUUUAGAAAUCCUGAUAAGGACAAAGAAUGUAACUUCAAGAGUAACUGCAAAUAUGGAUCGUCCAAAUGUCGCUAUGCACACUCUAAUAAAAUGGGUUAUUGCACUAAAUGCCACAAAUGGGGACACUUGCCGACAAAGUGCCAAACGAAAAACGGCGAAAAUUGA